AUGGGUGCGGCUAAGAUUUUUGAAGUAGAGAACAUCCUUUGCGCUUUAGACCUUGGAACUAGGUAUCUGGAGCUUAUGGCGAAGGAGCAGACCGGAGGUGAUGAUCAGACGUGGACCGGAGGGAGAUCGGAGCAAUCAGUUGUCGAAAGGAACUUGACAGAGCAGAGCAUUGAGCAUAAGGAAACAGAGUGCUUGAGGAAGUGCUCAAGCUACGCGCAGCUGUGA